AUGGCCUUCGAACACCAAUCUUCCGCAACUGAAAACGAAAGCGAAAGCGAAACCAACGAGGGAAGUUCGGUCGCUGAAGACUCCAAUAACAUAGAAAAUGAUGAAAGCAAUGAAGUAAGUUCCAAUAAUGUCAAAAAUGAUGAAACUUAUGUUGGAAACAGCACUAUCUUUGCAGGAACUAUUGUCAUUGAAAUAGAAGGUAAUGCUGGCAGAAAUGAAGCACCUAUUGUAAAUAAUAUUUUGUCUAGCUACAAAUUUCAAGACAAAAAGGAUCCUAUUCUCAAUCAAUAUAUAG